AUGCAGGCUUCAGCUGUCUCCAGCGUCUUGGCUGACGGAAGACGCAUAGACAUGGAGGAGAUAUCGCAGACUAUACAACUUUUAUCGGAGGAUACUUUGAGCAAAAUCUCGAAAGGACCAUUGGUGAAAUUUACACAGGAAUGUGAUAACGUUGACAAGGUGAGCCGGGUAUGGCAGAGCUUGUUGAAGACAUUUUCCACAGCGUCCAUUCCUAGUUCUCAUACGACGGCGUCAUGUCUUGCUUUAAGUGCGUUCCUUGAUGCCGCUUCUGUCUCCAAGCGCGAAGGCACCAGACAGCUUGCUCAGUCACCGGAUACGUGGCUCUCCGCAUUCGAGGUGUUUAUAACUCGAUUUGAAGAUGCGAAACCCAAGCCGAUGAAGCUGGUUAUAACAUCCUUGGUCAAAUUAUUGGCCAAAAGUCGGCAAGAACCUAGCUCUCAUCUAAUACAGGCUGGUCUGGUAGAUGCUAUCCUUCCUAGUAUCAUUCUCGGUGAACCGCGUGCGCGACUUAAGGCUUCCCUUCUUUCGCUUGAGGUUAUCACACGCAAGAGCGCUAUUUUGCCCCACGAGUUGAUAUCCAUGCUCCAAGUGUGGCUGUCGAAAAACAGCGAGAAAUGGAUAUCUCUCCUACAAGAGGAUUGCAAAGCCUUAUCUAUGGAUUUCCUCCUGAUUUCCGAUGAAACUUCCCGCAGCACUAAGAGAGUAGAAUCCAGAAUUCUUGCUGUCCAGAUCCUGCUACUGGGGCUUCUGAAUCAGGCGAAGAAUCCCGAGCUUGCCUCAAGUGCCGGUGACACUAUAGCUGCAUUCUUUCAAAAACUCAAGACUGAUCCUGGUCUUGCACAGGAUGAGCGCGCUCUCCUUUCAGUCUGGAUCCCUCCCGUCAGGUAUAUGGUGCUACAGAACAUGGACAAUCUGGAGCAUAUGUCGAAUUAUGUUCUCCAACCACUCUUCCUCAAUGACCCAGCUGGAUUUCAUUCCUUCUUAGACAGUCUACCUCUCAAGCAUGUCUUUGCUGGUGAUAUGGCUGACGCUGCAUUGCCGGAGCUCACUCUUCUGUUCGCCUCUUUACAAGUGGCCAAGAAGACCGGCCUUGUUGACGAAGACUAUGGCUCUUCUAAACAGGGAACUGGCAUGAAACUCUCCCUACCGAGUGAGGUCAUUGGACAAUUUUUAUUCCACCGAGAAUUCAGCAUCAGAAUAGCAGCACUCUCACUACUAAUAUCAGCACCUGCCACUACAAAACCUCUUUCAUCUGCCGCAAUCCGUGCAAUCCUCAGGGGUUUGCCCUCUAUGCACGCUGAGUCUGACCCUUAUUCUCGAGGGGAAAUCAUCAGCUUGAUUCGUAAAUUGAUUGUACGCUUGAAGGGUGGUAUAUUGGAUAACCGGGAUGGUUCGAGUCAGGAAGAGCUGUCUACAGACACAAAGCAGCAGGCAAAGUCAGCCCGGAGCGAUUCGGAGUCUCGAGCAUGUCUCGCAGCCUACAUUGGUUUCCUCAAGGCAGACAUGCGGCCCACCGCAUCUUAUCCUCGCCAUAUCAUGGCUCUUAAGACAAUUAACCUUUUCCUCCAGUCUGGUCUUGAUUCUCGUGUUAAGUUGACCAAGCAUGUCAAGAUGGAAGAGGAUAAAGUUCGCUGGAAGUUCAACAUCGAGAUAUUCGACCUGAGUCUUAUCAGAUUGCUCGUGGAUCUUCUGCUGGACCCGUUUGAGGAGGUGCGAGCCACAUCUUUGACCAUCCUGAACCUUGCCCCCCGAGACAUGCUCUUGGGCAGCCAUCUAAAAUCUGUAGACCGAUCAUCGGCCAUGUCAUUGCGACUGACCGAUGCCCUGACAAAAGCCGAGCAAUUGGCCAGCAAUACCAGCAGAGCUGACCAUGCCGAUACCGUCGCCCGACUAUACCAUAUCAUAUUCUGUGCCGCAGCUGAGACUCAUUCGGGAGGCGAUUCACAAUGGUGGGAAACCAAGAAGGGAGUGGUUGAUCUGCUUCUGAAAAAGCUUGAGGGCAAAGUUUCCAAUCCUGGUGGUCUUUUUACCACCUCGAUGCGGGACGCUCCUCUCCACGGAUAUGUGUCUGCUCUAAGAUACAUUGUUUCCACGUCAAAUUUCCAUCAAUCGAUUUCAGAUCCUGCGUCAGCAACAGGCGAUGACUGGAGACUUGUUCACACAAGGAUAGUGUCUAUUUGUGACCGAAUUUGGGAGGAAGUCAAGCCUGUUUUGUGCAUCGAUUCGCCGGAAGGUCACAGCGAUGAGCCGAUAGAGGAGUUUAACAUCGGGCCAAAGGAUAUCCUGUCUUAUUCCUGGCGUGCUCUUCGCGAGUCAAGUCUUCUGCUUCAUGCGACCCUCGCCAAUGCAACCUAUGCGCCUCAAGGGGAGUCUGGGUUCACUGCCGAUGACUAUGAGAAGAUAGGGAUGUCCAGCUUCACUCAGCUUGCCGAACUUCGCCACAGAGGAGCAUUCUCGACCGUAUCUCAAACAUUUGCCACUUGUUGUCAACGAUGUGGCCAGUCGAAUGAUCCUGCUAUCUCUGUUCUGCCUCAGCGAUGGUAUCAGGAAGCGAGGAAGAUUAUAUUUGAGGCAGCCUCUCAACUUACAAGGCGCUCAGCAGGUCUACCAGCCUUGGCCACAGGAAUAAUCCUUUCGAAGCCAGGAGGGCCUCUCUUCCGACAGGUCAUAGAUGAGCUCCAUGAAAUAGCUCACCUCCCUGCUGAGCAUGAUCGUAGCAAACAAAAAGUCGAACUACCACAGGUCCACGCCAUGAAUUGCUUGAAAGACAUAUUUACGAAUACCAAACUCGGUCCUUUCACAGAACCCUAUAUCAUGCCUGCCCUUACUCUAUCAGCUGAACGACUAGGAUCGCCUAUAUGGGCUCUUCGUAACUCAGGACUGAUGCUUUUCCGUGCUCUCUUGACACGUAUGUGCCGCCUACUGACAGGAGCCAAUUUUGGCUUUGGCGGUAGCUCCGGAUCAGAGCCGGGUGCCAGAAUUUCGUUCCACAAGUAUCCGGGUCUCCUUCACCUACUGUCAAAUCUUCUUGCUCCAACAGACAAGAAACAGACCAGCCAAUUUGGUGAUCAUGACAUUGUCACUGAACGGGUUUUCCCAGCGCUGGAGUUGAUCGCUGAAAAAGUUCCGUCCGUUUCUGACGACGACGAUAUUUUGCUUCGCAAUCUCGUCCGAGAGCAGUUCAAGAGCCCCGUGUGGGGGAUCAGAGAACACUCAGCCCGAGUAUACGCUUCUCUAUUGAAGCGCGCCGACAUCUUGACGGAGAUUCGGGCUCUGUUGGAAGUUGACCGAGGUCUGGAGACUCAGGACUUUCUCCAUGGCAAAGCGCUCUGUGCCAAGUACGCUCUGCGCAGGUUUGCAUCUAUCUCUCUUCCAUUCUGGAAUAAUCACUUGAGCGAGGUAGCAUCCGUCAUACAGGAUAUCCUGGCAGCAUUGUUUCCCUCUGCACACUCGCCGUUUGUCGCCACUACAUUGAUAGAAAUCCUCAACGAUGCUGUCGAGAAAAGCAUUGAAUCGGGAGCUGAAGAUUCAGCUAUUCGUAUCGUCAAUCAUGCGUCCGACGUUUUCGUCUUUGAAGAUAUAUUAAACUUUCUUUUCGAUUCAUCCCAUCCUCACUGGAAAACCCUAAAUACUACUCGUGCCGCGUCUCUACUUCGAAGAGUACUCGCUUGGACUGCAGUCCUUCGGAUAUUAAUAUCGGGUAAUGUGGGGAAUCUAGAAUCAUUCUUCCAGAAUGUAUCCCGCUUCGAUUCAAAUGCCGGUCGGUGGAUAAUUGAGCAGAUGCAAGCUGUUCUGGGAGAGCGGAGACGCUAUAGGGAAACUGUGCUCACAUUGUACUCUUCAGUCAUUCGGGGAAGCUACACAGCAGAAGUCAAAAUGGCGGCUGUCUCUUCACUUGAGACCAUUCUGCGUAUCGCUCUUGAGUCCCGGGGAACUGACAUGAAGGAAAUUGGACUUCCAUGGGAUGCUCUGCACGAGCAAAUAGACUCAAAAGCGGGUGAGCAAAGAUCCAAUCGGGACAUGUCGAACGUUGAGCUGCGUCUACAAGGAUGUCUCUUGACUAUUAGAGCAUCCCUGAACCAUUGGAAAGGAAUGGAGAGAGAUAUUCGCCGGUGGGCGACUAGACUCCGUUUCGCGAUGCAGGAGGAGACGGAAUUCACAACACGUCAUGCUGCGGUGACUUCUCUGACAACCUUCGGGCGCAUCUUGCGGCCUGUUGGCAGUCCUCCUCAGGUCGACGCUGUCUUCCUGGAGAUUUAUCUCAUUCUUUAUGACAUGUUAAAUGAUGACGACGAGGAGUUGCGUGAACUUGCAGCCUCCAUAGCAUCCUGGAUCCUGUCCUACUCCACCGUUUCUCCUUCGAAAGCCGUUACUCUGGCUCCUCGGUAUGCCAGCGACCUACUUUCCAAAUUUCUCGUUGAUAAUUAUGCCCAAUCUUCGUUCCUGUGCACGAGAAUCAUCCAGUACGUUACCGGCCAAGCACCGAAGGUCAGUGGUUCUGUGGACAAACCUAGGUUAAAAGCGGUGCCAGACCAGCUCCGCGAGCAAAGGAAAGAAAGCACGAUUCUCUUCGAAGAGGAGAAACAGAACCUGUUCAUUGACGAAGUGCGUGAAGUUGAUGUCUGGGCUGCAAUGCUCCUCCAAAUGGCAGGAUCAUCGUUCGACCCCGACCUUGUUCGCGAAGUUACUACAUGGGUGUUGGCAGGACUAUCGUAUAUCUGCGAAUUCGCUGUCGAGGAAGCGGGCAAUGAUGGCCUUUUAGGCUGGGCUUCAAAGCCCGAAACCUUCACUCUUGGUGCGCGUGUCAUUAGUAUUGCGGGCAUUCUGGUAUCUCAGCAUUUUGCUGCUUCUGGAUCCUUGAGUGAAGAACAAACCAGGCUCAAGCAGCUUCUUGAAUGUCUCUCUGAAUCUGGACGAGCGAUAUCACUUCAUGACGACUGGCUGUCGAGAGUGCAGCAAGCAUUGCAAUACGCUUGA